AUGUCAGCUAGGAAGCAGCAAUCUGGCGGAUAUUUCACUUAUAAAGGGGUUCUGUUUAACAGCAAAGUGAACGCAGACUGCCUGAAGAAUAUUGAAACUUUGGAGGUUAAGGAGGACGAUGUUUUUGUGGCAACGUAUCCAAGAUCAGGCACCACGUGGACAGAAGAGAUCCUGUCUCUUAUCUACAAUAGAGGAGAUGUGGGGAAAGUGAAGACCACUCCCAUCUACACCCGCAUCCCUUACCUGGAGUACCAGUACUUCCCAGAGGGGCAGACGGAGUACGACAGGUUCUUAGAACUGCCCUCACCACGUCUUGGAAAAACUCAUCUACCUUAUAACAUGCUUCCCAGGCAGCUACAAGAAGGAAGAGGAAAGCUGAUCUGUGUAGCACGUAACCCCAAAGAUGUGGCAGUCUCCUACUUUUAUUUCCACAGGAUGAACCGAAGUUUCAGAACACCAGCCUCGUGGGACUCCUUCCUAUCUGACUUUAUAGCAGGGAAUGUUGUUGGAGGAUCUGUUUUCGACCAUGUCCUAGGAUACUGGGCUCAUAGAAGCAACCCUACAGUGCUCUUCAUCAAAUAUGAAGAUAUGCAAAAGGACUUACAUGGAAGUGUUAAGAAAUUAGCAGACUUUGUGGGAUGUGAGUUGCCAAGUGGAGCGGUAGACAAGAUUGUGGACCACUGCUCGUUCAGGUCCAUGAGCGAAAAUCCCAUGACAAACUACUCCAAACACCCGGAUCAACGCUGUCGUUUUGACACCUCCAAUGCAGAAUUUAUCAGGAAAGGGAUUGUAGGCGACUGGAAGAAUCACUUCACAGAUCAGCAAAAUAUAGCUUUUGACAAGAUGUUGGAAGAAAAACUAUCUGGUACAGGCUUGGAAUAUGAUUUUGACAUCUAGUACUCUACAUGCCUCUACCUCCAUGCUGGUGGAUGUUCAAUGGAUCCAAGAUGGCUGCUGGUAAUUCCAGA